AUGACUUUAGCUCAUCGUGCUCUAUUUACGUGGUUUAUUGUGCUGGUAUUCUUAAUUUUACUGUGUCUCCGUUUAGAUCCAAGAACACACUGGAAUUGGUUCCUUGUUUUCAUACCACUUUGGGUAUUUGAUGGGAUCCUUAUCAUAUAUAUUAUAAUUAAAAUUAUACGAAAAUGGCGUAAUUUAAAGAGACUAAAGGAGCUCUUGAUUUAUUAUCAGUGGUAUAUUGGAGGGGUUUUAUUAAAAAUUGCCUCACAAUUGAUGAUAUGUUUGACGCUGGAGUACCCAGAGUUGGAAAUCUCGAUAUUCGUAACAAUGAUUCCAAUUUGGAUUCUAUUAUCGGCAUCGAUUGUCUACGUGUUUGGAAGACUUAAUAAGAUUGAAUCAUGGUGACAAAAGGAAGACAUUAUAGCCGAUGAAAGUACUCAACAUUUAUUUAGUUUUUGAAUAUAUUUU